GAAAUCGGCCGAAAACCUCGAUUUGGGAAAAAGUUCUGUCUGAGCCAAAUCCACUUCUAGCACUACGUAAUGGCUACCUUGUUUUGCAGCCACUGAGAUUCCUUUUGUUAUUUUUGGAUUGAUUCACUCUUAGCUGUAACAAUUGUCCCUUAUUUUUAUGUACCUCUGUACCAAGCAUGACUUCAAGAAUCACUUUACCAUCGAUUCAUUGCUUAUUACAUGCCACUGGCUUGGAAACGAAUCAUCACGGCUACCUUCCUGAUCUGCCGCCAUUAUCACUUCACCAUGACAUGCCGCCGCGUGUCCCGCAGCAGCAACACCAACAACAGCACAACGAUGCAUACCCUUCGCCACCAAGCACAACGCAUGUCGGCCCAUUAUUUACGAGGCCUGCGAUCCCCAAGCCAGAAGAGACCGUGAUCCCGCCGCAACGACGACGAGCAUCUUCCUUUUUUUCUUAUAACAAUGAGCAUAUCGCUGUUGCAUUUUGUACGUCUUCUUUUCCAAAGCAACAGCAUACCGAUGUAUCGCUUACAGAGGCUACCAACGCAGAAACGCAGGAUGAUGAUGAAACGAGGGAUUCGGAUGACUCGUUGCUGCGACGACCGUCGGCUCAGCUCUCUCUGACCCACCAUCCUCGACGUAAAUCUUCCAGUGCUUCUUCUUCUUCUUGCCUGGAUGAAACAAAGAGAGAUAUUGCCGACCACGUGCGUCAGAUGCAAUGGCAUCGUACCAUCAACCUUUCCGAUGAUUUAUGGCAUGGUUUUGCUCUCUUUCAUGUGUAGGAGGAAACCUGUCGUCACUACUUGCAAAUCCGCCAAAUGAAAGAAAUGAAGAAUCGCCACCCCAACCGCAAAUGUAAGCACAUCCUUGUCAGCAUCUUGUACGUGCUUUGUCGAAAACACAACGACCCUCGCACCUUUGCCGAAAUUUGUACCGCAGCCAAUGUCCGCAAGCAAGAAAUUGGGGCCUAUUAUCGCCUGGUGCUCAAAUUACUAAAGACAUCCACGGUCGGCUUACGCACCGUCAAUAUCGAAGAGUGCUUGCAACGUUGGUG